AUGGACCAGACGGUCCCGCUCAAGGUCGCAUCAGCCGGCCCCGCCCCCUGCCCAGGCAACAUUGGCCUCUCCAGCUCACUUCCCCAGCCUCCCGCCACCAAGCGCCUCUCAGGCGGCCUCUACUGCCUCCACCCUAACACCCGCCCGGCCUCGUCUCCCAGCUGCACCUCCACCUCGACACCUGUCCCGCCUUCCCGCCCAACCUCCACCUCGGGCUCCUCCCCGCAACAGGUGCAACCAGCUUCCACACUGUCUCCACCUCCUCUGCCUCAACGCGGGCGUCGACAGAGGAACCGCAGGUCGCAGCCCCCCCCGAGCGCACAGACUGCACCACCGUCCACACCACCCGGCUACGUCCUUGUGACAAAGACAACGCUCGAGGGAAUGCUGGCAAGCUUUGCCCUUGCCCUGACCGGCCUCCUCCAGCUCACGCCCAACGAGGCGGCCCUGCGGGUAAUAGCGAAGGCGACAGUGGAGGAGCACUUUCCCGACCUCGCAGGCCCCUCCACCACACCCGCCCCACCACCUCCAGUGCCUCAGGGCCCCGCUCCCCCACCUGCCAAGACCCGAGCAUCCGAGCCCCUUCCUCCUCCCGUAGAGGUAACGGAGAUGGAGGCCGACGAAUGCCACCAGCCUCCCCAGCCAGGCGUACCUCCAGCCAAGGCACCGUUGAAGGCGGUGCACUGGACAAUGGGACGCAAAACGACCCGCUCCCACAUCCCGGUGCGCACAGUCCCGCCGCGCUCCUGCGUCCCACAGCCCAAGCGGAGGGUGGAGCAGAGGCGCCGCGGCCCUGCGCCCGCCCUCGCGACGGCCCCCGUGUCCACCCCGGCGCCGUCCGCGAGGGGCGGCCGCUGA